UGAAAAAGUGGGAUAUUGAACUCAGAAAAUCAUAAUUUUUGGUAAGGGUGUAGUCUUUUCAACGGGUUAUUGCGGGAAUCCGCGGACGCGUAAUCUGACGAAAUUUCAGGAGUUUAAUUGAUUCAACCAUCAUGUCCACUUCCAGCAAUGCGGCCAACGUCCAGGAAGACAAGAUGGUCACAACCGUGAGACCAAACCAGUAUGCCUACACCUGGGAAAUACAAAAUUGCAGCACUUGGCUGGCCACGGUCAAAGGCGUCCAGAGUUCCUUCCAGUUUCCGUACGAUGAGAGCGUCACAGAGAAAUGGGUUUUGAAUUUUAAUCCAAAAUCGUCCUCGGAACCUGACUAUUGUUUGUUGGGCUUAGAGAUAGUAAAUACGCCGUUGGAUAGCAAAGCAAAAAUCGAAGUGGAGUUUGAGUUAUCUAUGGAAACUUCCACAGGCUGCAUUAUACAGAAGAGCACUUUCGAGUGCGAUUUUGCGAAAUCUAACACUUGGUCCUAUAGCAAAUUCAUCAAACGUGAAAUGUUGCUCGAGAAGGUGAAGAUUGAUGAUCAACUUUUCAUUAAGUGCAAAAUCGUCACUAAUGCCAAAGUCUCGAAUGAUAAAAAGUUGACGAAGAAACUGCCGGAAACUUUGCCAGGAAGCUUGUCCAACGAUUUGAAAAAUCUCGUCGACGGGGAGAAAUAUGGCGACGUGACCGUACAGGUUGCCGAUCAACGGUUUCUUGCCUACAAAGGAAUACUCUCAGCCCGGAGCUCCGUUUUCGCUUCCAUGUUCGAGCAUGAAAUGCUGGAAACGAUCGAGAACUGCGUAACCAUCGACGAUAUCGAGCCAGAUGUCUUCAGGGAACUGCUCCGGUACAUCUACACGGAUCAACUGACGCCGACCAGCAUGGACAAAAUGGCCCACAAACUGUACACGGCAGCUGAUAAGUAUGACAUCGCAACGUUGAAGAGUCUGUGCCGGCGCCACAUCAUGGCCAAGCUCAGAUGGAAGACCGCGGCGGACACACUGGUGCUGGCGGACAUGCACAACGACCACGAGAUGAAGCAGGAAACGCUGCAGUUUCUCAGUGGUAGCGUCGCCGUCAACGUGACCAAAACGACCGGUUGGAAAACGAUGGUCCAAACCCAUCCUCACCUGGUCAAUGAAACGGUUUGGGCGCUGGCCGCAAAAUUGCCACCCACUUAGGAAAAGGAGAUCUCUGAACAGUAUUCUAAACUAUGUCCCAACAUUAUCUUUUCAAAGUGAAUAAAAAAUAAACUCGAAAUUCUCCUUAAAA